AUGAGCGUGGAAAGGCGCGGCAACGCGUCCAAAUUCAUGGGAGUGUCACUCCGCAGUCUGUCUUUGGGCACAUUGACGGUCCAAUUUUCCACUUUCAUUUUACUCCUCCAUUAUUCCAGGGUUAUGCCUACUAUCGACGGACAUCGCUAUCUUCCUUCGACGGCCGUCUUUCUCGUUGAAGCCUUGAAACUGGCUGUAUGCCUGACGAUAUCUCUCUACGAAGUCUCCCUCUCCGUCCCCCGAUCAAUGCCAGCAACCUCGCUCCUCGGGACACUAGGUAGCGCCGUUUUCACCGGCGACAGUUGGAAAAUGGCCUUUCCGGCCGGGCUUUACACGCUGGCGAACAGCCUGCAAUACGUUGCAAUAUCCAAUCUGGACGCCGCGACCUUCCAUGUCACGUACCAAUUCAAGAUCUUUGUGACCGCCGUGUUUAGCGUUUUGCUUCUGCGGAGGACCAUUUCGGGAAGACAGUGGCUGUCCUUGAUCCUGCUUAUGCUGGGAGUUGCGAUUGUCUCACUUCCUCACGGCUCGUCAGGGUCCUUAGCCUCAAGCCACCAUACGAGGAUCUACCUUCCACGGUCGUCCAAUCCUUUGCGAGAGCACUUUCGGAUGACAGAACCUGGUUCCCACCUCAAAAAGAGAUCAGCAACGUACGAGGGCAUAGAAGAAGACGAGCUCGCCUUGGACACUCCCGGGAUGGAUGCCUCUGUGGGACUGUUUGCGGUUCUCGGCGUUUGCAUGUGUUCAGGGCUUGCCGGAGUGUACUUUGAAAAGGUCAUCAAGGAAUCGCCCAAAAACACAUCGCUCUGGAUCCGAAAUGUGCAACUGUCGAUAUAUUCCCUAUUUCCGGCCUUCUUCAUCGGAAUCGUUUUCCUUGAUGGCGAAACAGUGGCAAAAUAUGGCUUUUUCGCGGGUUACAACUGGGUGGUGGCUGCAUCAAUUGUCAUCCAAUCCUUUGGCGGCAUCGUUGCGGCGUUCUGCAUCUUUUAUGCCGACAAUAUCUCAAAGAACUUUGCUGUUAGCAUCAGCAUGGUCCUUAGCAGCCUGGCGAGCUUUAUGUUCUUUGAUUUCGCCAUGACCGGACAUGUAUGCAAUUAUGAUUUGUUUGGUCUGUUCACCACAACUAACGACUUCCAGUUCUUGAUCGGAGCCUCGAUAGUACUCAUCGCUACCUGGGUCUAUAACACCGAAGAGGCCCGGCUACCCCAAAGCCCCGCGGUUGUGGUCAGUGGGCAUGAGAAAAUGUCGCUCAAUGGUACUGCGGCGUUAAACGAUAUGUCUAUCCAGAUCCCCAAAACCCCUUUGAUUCAAGAAGAAACAGCUCUGGCGACUUCAAGACCGGGCUCACCAAGUCACAAAAAGAGGAAUAAAGAACCUCUAGGCUAUUUUGCGAAGCAUCGUGACUGA